GCUAGCCUACUUCGGUGAAUAGUUGGACAGCCAUUACUGUGUCGUGGCUCUUGUAACAAAACACGAAGAAAGAGAGGAAGGCGUACAUUAGGGGCUUUGUUUUGACUUAGGGGACCAAUUUUCAUGGUUUUAAGAAUAAAUACAUUAAGUCAAUUCAUCUACACGUAGAUAACGGGAUUCAACAGCUCUGGAUAUGUCCUUCAUAUUUGACUGGAUUUAUAGUGGUUUCAGUAGCGUACUACAGUUUCUAGGACUGUACAAGAAAUCGGGCAAGUUAGUGUUCCUGGGCUUGGACAAUGCGGGCAAAACGACGUUACUGCACAUGCUCAAAGAUGACAGAUUGGGACAGCACGUUCCAACUUUACAUCCAACGUCGGAGGAGCUGACGAUCGCCGGCAUGACUUUCACCACUUUCGACCUUGGAGGCCAUGCACAGGCUCGCAGAGUGUGGAAAAACUACCUCCCAGCCAUCAACGGUAUCGUGUUCCUCGUGGAUUGUGCCGACCUCCCCAGAUUGAUGGAGUCCAAAACAGAACUUGACGCACUAAUGACAGACGAGACCAUUGGAAACGUGCCUAUCCUGGUCCUGGGCAACAAGAUCGACAGACCAGAAGCCAUCAGUGAGGAGAAGCUUAGGGAGCUGUUUGGCUUGUAUGGACAGACAACGGGCAAGGGCAGCACUCCCAUGAAGGAGCUGAACACGAGGCCUCUGGAGGUGUUCAUGUGCAGCGUGAAGAUGAGGCAGGGCUACGGAGAGGGCUUCCGUUGGCUCUCCCAGUACAUCGACUAAACAGCAGCCCAGUCAGACCUGCCAUGUGGAGGGGGGGGAGCUCCACCCAGGCCUGCUGCCCCCCCCUCCUCCCACCACCAUACUCAGCCCCAUGUUUGGUUAUAAAAGUCGCUAUCAGAAAAAAAAAAAAACAUCAGUACAACUCGAACCCAAUAGACUUUUAUUGGUCGAACAUUUGGUUACACGCCAUCUGUCUCUCUAUCUUUCUCCCUCCUUCAUCUUAUGAUUCUGCAGAGAUGUUUCCAUUCCAACAGAUGAUUUUGUGUUUUUUUUUGUUUUUCCCUCCAUCUUGUGUGCCCCCCCCCCCCCCCCCCCCCCCCCCCCCCCCCAUCUGCCUUCAUGACAUGUUGUUGUGACCAACGCAUUCUAAACUGUAAAUCUGUACAUGACUCUAAAGGUAUAAACCCAACUGUUUUUCCUCUCUCUCUCAUCUCCAACUCAUUCUGAGCAGCGAUGAAGAGCUGAGCUAGUCGGUACACAUUUGCAUUACACUUUUUUAACAGCAAACAGCAAACAUGACACGCCGACACACGACUAGUUGUUUGACCACCACGAUAAGUUGGACUUUUUCCUUAUCAUUUUUUAUAUAUGAAGUAUAUAUAUAUAUAUAUAUAUAAAUAUACAAACACAUGGUUUCGAAUAAACGAGGCCUCCAGGAUGGCAACGGUCCCCCUUAAAGGUAGCGUUGUCAUGGCGUUGUCAUGGCGUUGUCAUGGCGUUGUCUAUCUGUUUAUAACAAUGGAACCGAUGUGCAUUUAUUUCGCUUAACGUGAUGAAUUUAGAUCCAUUCGUUUCCUCACGCGUGUCCCAAGUUUAUGUUAAGUAGGGUGUUCACGACCGGAGCGGCAGUCUUUAGUGUUUGGAAACGACUGUUAAGGAGUUUCAUGGAGUUUUAGGUUAUGCAAAUGUACUGGGGUCCCUCUGAACAGGAGACUGUUGGAGUAGAGAGAGCGGCACUCAUCCAACAGUGGAAAGAGAUUGUUCUUUUUUUUUGUUUUGUUCGUUCUAGAAUGAGUUCAGGAUAAUGCUAUUGGCCACAGUAACCAUUCCGAGGGUGCGAUCGUUUAGGUGGCACAAACACAAACGGAAUCCAACAAGAGGGAUUUAUGAUGAUGAUGAUGAACUGUGAAGAAAAAAAUACAAACAAGCGGAUCUAUCGAGGAUAGUUUUGACAGGAAGUAGAUGUCAGUGGCCUCUAACACGCCCCCCCCCACCUCCCCACCCCGUGGUCGUCGUCGGCGACGGGUCUAUCCAUUCCCAGACACGGCAUUCCUUUCAGGGGAGUCAGCAGAGCGUGGACAGAAACACCUGCUCCAAUACUUUGAGGUGCUUCCACCCCCCCCCCCCCCCCCCCCCCCCUCCUCACCACAGAUAUACGAGCCCACACGGUUCGGAAAGCAUUCGAUAUCAGAUUGAUAUUUUCUCUCCCGAGGAGGAGGGUAAGGGUGCAUUUGAGAGUAUUGGAACGUGGCCUUCGCAGGCCUAGGAAACCUUCAAGAAAGGGACCACGUAUGAAAUGUACACGUCCAUCGUACAUGGAUUUUCAAUAAGCGGUUUCCUUCAAUCAAUGUGCAUUAUAAGAAACUAUUAUGCAUGCCUUGUUCUUUGAGUUUUUUAACGACCAUAUACGGAAAGUACAAUACAAGGGAGCAGAUGCCAAAUUUAACAAUAAAAAAUACAUGUUAAGGAUUAUGAGAACAUAUUGUCUCUGAUCUGUUGUAGUUUUUCUUAUUAUUCUUAAGAAACAUAACGGAAUGGCGCAUUAAUAAAGUUUUUUUUCUGUUCUGUC